ACACCUCAAACAAUUUUAUUUGUUUUGUAGUAAUUCGAAAGCUUCUUCUCAGUAUUGAUGGCUGAGUGAAGCCAACGACAUCUCCGUCUUAUAUGCCAAAAAGAUUUCACAAAUUCUGAAUAUUUUUAUAUAUUUUUGUUAAAAUUACAUGUGUUUGCUUCUCUUGUCAACAAUUAAUUGACUUGUCGGAGCUGCAAAUCUGAGAACUCCCGAUUUUCAAGCUCCGAUUCAGUUGCUAUUUCGGCUAAUUCAAUGGAUUAUGAGCAUUGUUUGUGUUCAUAGCAAGUGAUCUAGCUGCUCCUUUCACGGAAUCUUGUAGAUCUGAACCCUUCAUGUCCGUCGGUGCCGCUGAUGUCUCAACUCAUAAAGUCGCUUGCUCUUUCUAACUACACUGGAUCAGUAAAUAACAUCCAUUGGUCUUUGCUGAAACAUUUGCUUAUUCUAUGCAUUAUCAUAUGCGCAACUGAUGCUGAUUUCACUGAUAAUCAAAUUGAGGAACAAAUUUUAUCUCCACCUACUGCACCAUUUGCUUCACUUGAAAUUCCUGAUCUACCCUUGCCAGUUCGCCUUCCAUUGUUCCAGAAACAACAUAGGAGACGCCUUUCACCCCUUGCUGCACCGAAACUUGUGCUAGCACCAGCUCAACCACCUGACUAUGGACCAUUGAUAACUUCUACCCACCCUCCUUCAAGCUCACAUUUGUCAAGACCUUCAAUGCGGAAGAGUGAAACUGUGCCUCCUGCUACUGGGCUCACGCCUCCACGGUUAGCAGAUAUUGCUCCUAGUCAAUCUGGUGCCGGAACAUUGCCUACUGGUUUAGCCCAGCCACCGUUGUCUCCUCACGCCUCCAAUUGUUGUGGACCUGAAACAGUUCUGAAACGAGACAGUGAGGGCUGCCACUGUGUUUACCCAAUAAAGCUUGACAUUCUCCUUUUGAACGUCUCCUCUAACCCAAACUGGAAUCUAUUCCUACAACAGUUUGCCACUCAACUUGGUCUGAGGGUUGCUCAGAUUGAGCUAAUCAACUUUUAUUUGCUCAGUUUAUCUAGGCUUAACAUUUCAAUGGACAUAACUCCACAUACAGGAGUCAGUUUUCCUUCCAGGGAAGCAUCUAGAAUAAACUCUUCACUUUCUACGCACAAGGUUCGUCUAGACCCCAGGCUCGUGGGUGGCUAUGAGCUUCUCAACUUAACCUGGUUCAAGCCUGUUGCUCCAGCUCAUGCACCUCGAAUUGCUACAUCACCCACCAAAGCACCUCCUUCCACGUCUUCAUCUCCAACAUCAGUGAAUACAUCUGGUCGUGGAAAACACCUCAGCUUGAUUCUUGUUGUCGGCAUUGGUGUUGGUAUCCUUUCUGUCGCUGUAAUUUGCGUGCUUAUAAUUUGUUCAUGUGCUUCUCGCCGCCAUAAGCCAGAAGCAUCACCAAAAGAAACUGCUAAGCCAAGGACUGUGGAAGCUCUUCCAUCUGGAGGAUCAUUUCCGCAUCCUACUAGUACGCGAUUUCUUGCAUAUGAAGAACUAAAAGAAGCAACAAAUAACUUUCAACAUUCUAGUAUACUUGGUGAGGGUGGGUUUGGAAGAGUUUUCAAAGGUGUCUUACACGAUGGUACAGAAGUGGCAAUAAAGAGGCUUUCUAGUGGAGGCCAACAAGGUGAUAAGGAAUUUUUGGUAGAAGUUGAGAUGCUUAGUAGGUUGCAUCAUCGUAACCUUGUGAAACUUGUUGGUUACUAUAGCAACCGUGACAAUUCAGAAAACCUCCUUUGUUACGAACUUGUUCCAAAUGGAAGUUUAGAGGCUUGGCUCCAUGGCCCACUAGGGGUUAACUGUCCUUUGGAUUGGGAUACCAGAAUGAAGAUAGCCCUUGAUGCUGCAAGAGGACUGGCAUAUCUUCAUGAGGAUUCACAGCCUUGCGUGAUUCACAGAGAUUUUAAGGCCUCUAAUAUCUUACUCGAGAACAACUUCAAUGCUAAAGUUGCAGACUUUGGUCUAGCUAAACAGGCCCCAGAAGGCAGAGCAACUUAUUUGUCGACUCGUGUUAUGGGUACAUUUGGAUAUGUGGCUCCUGAAUAUGCCAUGACUGGGCAUCUGUUGGUGAAGAGUGAUGUCUACAGCUAUGGGGUGGUCCUGCUUGAAUUAUUGACUGGAAGGAAGCCUGUCGAUAUGAGCCAACCAUCAGGACAGGAGAACCUUGUGUCUUGGGCAAGGCCAAUCCUAAGAGAUAAGGACCGUUUGGAAGAACUUGCGGAUCCAAAGCUUGGGGGGAAAUACCCGAUUGAAGAUUUGGCACGAGUUUGUACAAUUGCAGCAGCUUGUGUAUCACCUGAAGCAAGUCAACGGCCAACGAUGGGGGAAGUUGUACAGUCGUUGAAAAUGGUGCAGCGUGUAACAGAGUAUCAAGACUCGACAGCAACAGCAGCAGCAGCUACAAAUGCCCGACCCAGCCAGAAGCAAUCAUCGACCACUUUUGAAUCAGAUGGGACAUCUUCUAUUUUCUCAUCGGGUCCUUAUUCUGGUCUAAGUGCCUUUGAUCAUGAUAAUAUAUCGCGUACAGCUCUGUUUUCAGAAGAUCUUCAUGAAGGAAGAUGAUUGCUUGCCUACUUUCUUCUUCAUCUUUUCCUGAAAAGAUUUUUGCAACUGGAAAUUGGUCAAUUUGCAGCCAGCUUGAGGCAGUGGCAAAUGGUGAAGCUUUUACGGGCUUCCUGGCGAAAGAUGAAGCCUCCAGAUCUGUUACAGAAAAACAGAAAAGAAGAAAGCGUCCGCGAGUUUUAGUAUUCUCCGAAAGCAUUGUACAGUAGCUACUAUUGUUUAAGGCGUUUCCUCGUUCCAAGAAUUAUUUUUCUCCUUUCUGUAUUUUUAACAAUCAUAUCAAUUGUCAAUGAUCAUGAAAAAAAACCAAAAUCUUAUUUCUUUUCA